CGGGCGGCCUCAACCGGCGCCGUGACGUUUUUCCGGUAGGCCCCGUGAUGCGAUUCUGAGGAGCGGCGGUGGCGGCGGCUCUUGGCGAUGUGGGGCUCGGCCGGGACGCGGGAUGGCGACGGGCCCGGGCCCGGACUAGGCGGCUCCGGCUUCGGGGCUGCCCCCGCUGCCUGCCCCUGGGGCUGCACGCCCGGGCCCGCUGGCUGGAGCGGCGCGCCUUUCUGCCCCUGGCACCGUAUGUCCAGCUUCGGCGGCCUCCCGGUGCCGUCGCAGGGCCCCUCCCAGACUGUGAUCAAGUAUAAGACGGGGGAGCUGUGUCUGCUCUGGGACGACGGCCCCAGGGUGGAUUACUACCAGCUGCAGGAUGACGACGGCGAUGGAAAUGACGAUUACGAUGAGAACGAGUUCGACACAGAUUACGAGGACCGGGGCGAUUUCUGGGAUGUUCCUGUCGCAGAGGGGCCCGUUCCCUACAGAUACUGUGGCUUCCGGAAGUCCUUCCUGUGCUCGGAGCCGCCUCCACAGCUCCCCCGGACCUCUCCGACCGCCCUGGAUGCGCUGCUCGACCGGCUGCCCACACCCUGCCGGACCAGCCUCACGGCAGAGGAGGCCGAGAGGAACGCGCAGGAGCUGGUGGCGGAGGAGGAGAGGGCGAAGAGGAAAGCAGAGAAGAAGAAGCUGAAGAAGAAGAAACAAAAAGACAGAAAGAAGCGGGAGAAACUGGGUCAAGAGCUGAAGAACAAAGAGAACACUGACCUUAGCCCCCCGAGUUGCCCUGCGGGCACUGGGCCCCCCCCGAAUGGUGCUGAGGAGGAGGGAUGCUGCCCAAAGCCCUCUCCGUGCCCUGGGGACUCCCCAGUCCCUUCAGGGGAGCCUGGUCCAGAGGACACGGAGGUGACAGAGGAGGAGCUGGACCUGAGCUGCACCUUCGUCUGCAAAGCACGGGAGAAGGCGGGGGUCCGGCUGCCCCCCCCAGGCAGUGACCGGUCCCCUGGGACCCAGAACAUGGAGCCAAGCAGGAAGGUGCCAGAGAAGGGGAAUGGGGACCCUGAGGAGAGGCCUGUGCCCCCCCAGCCCCUCCAGCCCAGGGCCCCCAGCCCCAGCACGGUAGAGCAGAGCCUGAUGCUCGCAGGCCAUGGGAUCGCAGCGGCCCAGGUGGGCCAACACACUGAGGCUGUUUAUGCUUUCACCGUCGCCCUGGAGCUGAACCCCCAGGAACACCGGCUCCUGGGGAACCGCUCGUACUGCCUGGAGAAGCUGGGUCGAUACGAGGAGGCGCUGGCGGAUGCGGAGGCGGCGCUGGCACUGCGGCCGGGCUGGCCCAAGGGCUCUUUCCGCAAGGGCAAGGCCCUGCGGGGGCUUCAGCGCUACGCCGAGGCUGCACGCACCUUUGAGGAGCUGCUGCUGCAGGAUGGGGCCUGUGCCGAGGUAGCCACGCAGCUGGAAGCCUGCCGGGCCCUGCUGCAGCAGUGCAGCCGCCCCGGGGGUGUCCUGGUGUCCCCCUUCCUGCUCAAGGCUAAGGAGCCGCUGUUUCUCCCGGCAGCAAGAGGGGUGACCAGGAGCUGCCAGGACACAAGUGGCACCAGUGUGACGGGAGGCAGCGCUGGGAGCCCCACACGAGACCCAGAACCUGCUGUGACCAGUGGCCACCUGACACUGCCACCGAACCACCCUGCCAAGGACUGCUUCCCGCUCUGGGUGGGCAAUGUCACCUCCCACAUCAACGAGAAGGUGCUGUAUCAUGCCUUUGGCCGGUUCGGGGAGAUCCGCUCCAUGCAGUUGCUCCGAGGGCGCCACUGUGCCUUCAUUAACUUCUCCCGGAAGGCGGAGGCCGAGGAGGCCUACAGAGCCAUGCAGGGUGCCACCGUGGAGGGCAGCAAGCUGUUGCUACAACUCAAGCACCCGUCCCACGCCACCCCGGCCCCCCUGCCCCGUGCCAGGGGCAGGGGCAUCCCCAGGGGGCUACUCAGCUGACCCUGCUCUGUUGGGGGGCUGCCAGGGCCCCCCCUCACCUGCCUGUGCCUUGUCCCCCACUGCUGGGGGUGGGAAUGUCUCCCCAUUCUGCCUUG